UUUCAGGGAAAGUCCCUGAGCGGCACAUGUCGAUAGGUAGCACUUUUCGAUAGAACACCGGACUUGACGUCAAGAAAACGCGGCUAACCGGAUGUUGAACAGAGUGUAACAGAAAGUGGAAGACUCGGGAUCAAGAUGGUAAGGUUUAUGAUUGAUUUUUAAAUUACUAUGUACUCUUUCUUUAUCAUAUUUAUAUACCAAGCUCCGUUCAGGUGGUUAUAUUAUCAUCUAUCCCACACUGGCCCCUCUGUUAAUGUCUAAAUGUGCGUUUUCAUCCGUUCAACCGGAGAAUUUGAUUAGUCACUGAAGCUAAUGCUAGUUAGCAUGCAGCUUUGAAUGGUUAGCUAUUAUUUAUUAUUGUGUGUUUUAUGUAAAGAAGUAAGAAAAGGUAAACGAAUCGAAUCAUGAAAUCCAAAUACAGAGCUUCGUUUCACGUCUUCUCACGUUUACACAGUUAUAUCAUUAGUUGUUCAUUUCUGUCAGUUCUAUUAAUGUGUAGUUUUACUAUUGUAAUAGUCAGUGUUUAACAAGUUAAUUUCCCUCAACAGAACAGCAGAGGUUUGCGCUCACAGCUGAAGGACAGUGUACCUGUGGCAGGAUUGUGUCCUCAGGGAGCUUACGGCCUGCAGGACUCUUUAAGAUCGGGGUGAGAUGCUGUAUAUUCAUGUCAUCCAUAUUGAAAUACUCCUGAUGAUAUACAUGCACAAGUUACAAACAGGACUUUUUAAGAGCAGGGUGAGACACCAUACAGUCAUACCAUUAAUGUUUAAUGUAUUAUAUACCGGUAUGUUAUGUCAUAAAUAUGUUAAAUUAUAAAUAAAAAUGUUAUAACAGGACUCUGAGAACAGAUUGAGACCGGAAACAUUCAUAUGAUACAUACUUAAUAAACAUAAAGGUUAUAGAAAUGCUGGAUGAUGCAUGUAGACUGCAAUAAUGGACUCAGAGAUGCCAUAUUUAAACAUGAUCUAUGUUUAUGUACCAUACCUGACAAUGUUAAAUAUAAGGGUACAGUAUGAUACUAGAACCUCAUAAAAGCAGGGUGAGGUUAUCAGCACAGUCUAAUUACUCUGUUUAUGUAGAACUGUAACCUCCUCUUAACAUAGUUGUUGACACACUUAUCUCAGAUUUUUGUGGCAUUUUAAUCUAAGCUAUUGAAUCUUCACAAAGAUAGUUUUUACAUGAUGCUGGUGUUUUUCUAUAAUUAUUUUUUCAGAUUAAAUUUGUAGUAUUCUUGGGGCGUGUUCACACCACCCUCGUUUAGCCCAGUUGAACUGAACCCUGGAGUGUUUACCCCCUUGGUGCGGUUUGUUUGGGUCGGUGAAACGCUGACCUCGUACUCUGGUGCGGACCAAAUAUACAAACUCUGGUUCAUUUCUGGUGUGAACGUCAUCCACACCAAUCACAGGAAACGCACCACACACGGGUUAUUUUAUAAUGCUGGUUGUGAAAUAAAUGUUGUCCGCUCACCUCAAUUGUCCCGAUUGACACCAGAGAGAAAACGCAUCGUGGUAGUCUGUCGCCGUCUUGUCUUUAUCCGUCUGUUGUUUGCAGCACGUCUACUUCAGAAUUUAUUAAUUAAUGCCGCAGUUCGAGCUCGCUGGCUAACAAGGUGUUUAUACGCGCAAUCGACUAGCGUCUUGUGAUACGCGCUCCAAAUGAGUAGCAAAAGCAAAAUCAGCCUACGAUGCUCCAUGACAGGCGAAGACAGCAAAGCGGGGUUUGUAUUUCCCCAAAACUAAUGACUAGGCCUGAACGAUAUAUCGUUUGACUAUCGUCAUCGCGAUGUACGUGUGUGCGAUAGUCACAUCGCAGAGCCUGCGAUAUUGGAGGUGAAUGAACUCAUUUAAUUUCAAGGGUAACCGACUGAGAUACACUCCAUGUGACUCUGCAUGUGCUGUGCAGCGAUCCACCAAUCGCCUUCGUCCUUAACUCAGUUGCCAAUCAGACUCACUUCUCAGUUCCCAAUCAGACUACCCUGCCAGCUGUCAAUCAAAAUCAGGGAGGAGAAAACCCACCCCUGCACAUGUUCUGCACAUAGAGGGAGACGUGUGUCCGCUGAGAAUUACUUUCGGAACUUUACUCAUGACUAUUAAGCCCAACAAAUAAGAACUGUAUGGGUUUUAAAUUGUACAUUUCCGUGGACCACUCUACUAUAAGCAGUGCGCGUUUUGCGAGGUGCAUGCAAUUCUCGGAGGACAUGCGUUUCUCGGCACAACACCGCUAACAACAACAACGAUCGCAAAAUGAACAACGAACAAGCGAAAACCACCGAAAAUGAAGAUUUGUUGCCAAAAAGAAAAGGAAAGUCAGUUAUCUGGAAUUAUUUCGGUUAAAAGAAGGAUGAUGUCGACCAAAACACGUCUUCUGUGUUCAUCUGUUGCCACAAUAACGUCCCAGCACAAUAAAAGCUAAAAAUAUCUCUGAGACAGACAGAAGCCGUUCUACUAACAUUCACAAAAAGAGGUAAGAUCAGAGCAGAUUAACUGUCCUCAAGAUUUCAGCAGUGCAGCAUAACAUUAAGUGCUAUUCAGGUCAUCUGGUGAAAAUACUGUAUUUUUAAUAUCGCAAUAUAUAUCGCAGGGUUGAAAAAAAUCGCAAUAUUAUUUUUUUCCAAUAUCGUGCAGCCUUACUAAUGACCAAUAACCGAACGAUAUUCGCGGUCACGCGACCUCUGGUUCCGUUUUCUGGAGUGAUUGAGUUUGUCCUUUGUGAACGCAAACCGGACCAGUUAAACAAUCAAAACGAAUGUAUCGUCUUGCCUUGGAUUCGAAUCAGGAAAUGGACCUUAAAGUGUGAACACGACCUUAGACAUUCUGUCCGCCUUUGAUCAUUAUCAUGGUCUGUUUGUACAUAACACAGAUGCUCUUUCCUUGUUGUCCUGAUCUUAAUCAAUAUUAAUAACUUGGACAUGGUGUCUAUGUUUGUUAACUCAGUGGAGGCUGUAGGACAGAGAGUUGUCACACGUCCACCAGAAUAAGUGAAACAAUCUGAGACUGACUGACCGUAAAAUACUUUGCUCAUUAUACAGCAGGGUUUAAUAUCUGUUCAAUUCACUCUUGUGCAAGAAGCCAGUGUAUUUAAAUUUGAUUAAUUACUGUCUAAUUGUUUGUUUUCUGUAGUUUCAGCAGUGUUAAGAAUGAACUCCUCCCAAGUCACCCUCUGGAGCUGUCUGAGAAAAAUGUGAGUAAAGUCAGCUAAGAGGGAUCACGAAUGAACCUGUGCAACCUGAACCUAACACUUCAACUUUUGUGAUAUCCGGAUUUUUUACCUCGGUUGGAUGAUUUAGUUUCGAUUCUUCUGCCAGUGUAAUUCUAAUGUGCUGUCCCUGCUGAAGCAAUAUAGAGGAGUUAGUCUUGCUACAAGCCAGUAUACAAAAAAUUCUGUCCAAGGCUGCUUUGGCUUUAGCAAUCUUAUUCAACAUCAUCUUUUUGUGGGGUGGGGGGGUCAGGGCUCAGCCUGUAAUAUUACCCUUGGGGAGGCAGGCUGGACAGAGACAGUUCACUGCUGUCUCAGCUGUAUCUUCAUAUUUGAUGAGUUUGAUCAUUGCUAUGAAACAUUUAACUGAAUUUGCUUAGCAACAUAUGUCCAAACUAGAGCCAGUGGUUUUGAUACAGCGCUGUUAGCAGUUAUAGGGGCAAAAAAAAGUCAAACAUGAAGUAUUGAACCAUCAUCCAACUAGCUUCCUGUCUUUGUUAUCAAUAAUAAAGAUAAGAUAUUGAAACAGGAAGGUAGAGAGGAUAAUGGUAAGCUUGGUGCAGAUAAGGGACAGAAUGAACACUGCGCCCCUCAAUUAACUCGACGUGUUACAGGAAUGUAUUGCUCCUACCUUAGGUGAAGGAUUAGACGCAAAGUGAGGAAAAUACAUUGAAUUUUAGAUUCCCAUUGGUCCACCUAAAUUAUCCCACACAUCAUCAUCCGGUUGACAGAAAAGCUGUGAGAACGCAUGUGCCCUCUGUGCACACUCUCACACACAGUAUCAUUUUGCCUCCUGCUGAGUCUUACACUUUAUCAUCACCUUUAAUGUGGUCACAUGAUAGAGUGUGAAUCAUCCCCUCAGUACAUUACAUUACUGACCACACUUAUACUCACCUUUUAUAUACGUGUGUGUGUGUGUGUGUGUGUGUGUGUGUGUGUGUGUGUGUGUGUGUGUGUGUGUGUGUGUGUGUGUGUGUGUGUGUGUGUGUGCGUGCGUGUGUUUAGUUCCAGCUGAACCAGGAUAAGAUGAACAUGUCAACUCUCCGGAACAUUCAGGGUCUCCACGCUCCACUUAAACUGCAGAUGGAGUACAGAGCAGCCCGACAGGUAAGCACACACCUGUCUCAGCUAAGCUUAUCACCUGUCACACCUCCAUUAUCUCACCUGUUCUUAUGUUCCCUCUCCUCAUGCCCCACCCCCUCAGAUCCAGAGGCUGCCCUUCUUACAGAGCUCUAACCUUGCUCUGGACACACUUAAAGGAAGUGAUGAUGUUAUCGGUUUUGAGGACAUCUUAAAUGGUGAGAAACUCCGCCCCCUCAUCAUGACUGUUAUUAUUAAACAUUGUGAAUGUGUGGCCCCUGACCACCCCCUCUGUUUCUGCUUCCCCCCACAGACCCAGCUCAGAGCGAGGUGAUGGGAGAGCCUCACAUGAUGGUGGAGUACAAACUGGGCCUGCUGUGAAACCAGAGCACUCACACACAAUGCUUCACAUUAACCUUAUAUCUGUUAUAAUUUGUUAAAUAAAAGACCAAAACAUUUAGGUUUGUAGAGUUCAGUCUGUGAUCUGUUGGGUGGGGCCGCUUCUUCUCAGUGUCUGUAUGUUCAGUCUGUGUGUGUUUUUAAGAGUGUUACAGAUAUGAGAGGUUUCAGAUGAAGGUCUGGUGCUUCUCAUCAUGCUUAGUUUAAAGCUCUAUACCCUUCCUUGUCGGGUUACCUUUUCUGGUAAAGGGGAUUAUAUCAGAGAUAAUUCAUGGGGCUUAAAGUUCUCUGGCAGGGCGCUGGAUUUCUGGCGUGGCGCUUCUUCAUUCCAGCAUAAGCCGUUUUAGACAUAGACUUAACAUACGCAUUUAUUGUACUAAUAUUGCAAAGAUUUUCCCGCCUCUCUGUAUAGAGGUAUACUUUGAUACACUGGUCUUGUACAAUGUUCUGCCCAUAGUGUUAUCUGAUUGGGUACACAUCACAAGAAAUGAGCCAGUCAAAAGUGGAAGCUGUGUGUUGCUGCAGGUUUUGCAUCCCUGAGGCACUGGGCAGUGAUACUGCCACUGAAGUUUGACUAUAAACCCACAAUCUUUUGUGAAAUGUACUUUUUGUCUAUAAUGCUAAAUAAUUGAUCAAAAAAAUAAUGAACUUUCACUAUUGCAUUCAGUAGUUACAAGCCUCAGCUUUAGCUGACGCUAUUGUGGCUAAUUGGCCAAUUAUCCUGAUCACUUGGAAACAAAACACAGUCUCGUAUUAACUUGCAUGCUCCGUGAGCUAAAGUAAGAUCCAGUUGCACUGGCACAAAUGUUACUCUUAUAUAUAGCGCUGUUAUCACUACUUAGGUUAAUGUUAUGGCUCAUCUCAUAGUUCAUCCAUAUAGGACUGCACACAACAGAUGGUGUACUGUUAUAAUAGUUGAAUAGUCAGUGGCUGUUUUACACAUUCAGCUAUAGGUAUCAUUAAGUGGAAAUGCUGAUUAAGCAGUUCCACUUAUUGUUAUUCUCCUGUUUCUUUAAUUAAGUGGAAAUGCUGAUUAAGCAUUUCCACUUAUUGUUAUUCUCCUGUUUCUUUAAUCUUAUUAUUCUUCUGCCGUUUUUUGCCGCUUUUCAACUCCUUCAAACUUUGUGCUAUUUCAACUGUUCAAACUUUAAACUGUUCCACUCCUUCAGGA